GCAGCUUUCUUUGCUUUGGAGAUGGUCUUUUCUUCAUCCUAUUGUUUGGAUCGUGUGCUGGGUAGGAAGGAGAGGGGCUAUUUUCUCUGAAAGUGGACCUCUACACCCCCUCCCAUAUACUCACCCCCGCACUAGUACCCUGGACCGGACUCUCCUGCUCCUUUCCUUGCUCUUUGUUAGGGUACAUUAGAACAAGCAGCCUCGCCCUGGCGUAGUCCGAAGGCGAGCAAAGUGCGGAGCAGAGUGCACCUGCCUGCGUGGGCAGGUGUGCCCGGUCGCUUGUGCAUGCUAAGGCAAAAGGGUGGAAGCGGACUCCGGAAUUGUGUACAAAUGAGGGGGUGUCUCAGUGUGCCCAUGUGUCGUCGCGAAGAUUUGUCAGUGUGGGUGUGUUUGACAUUAUCAUUGUGGGUGUAUUACCAGCCUGUCAGUGUCUGCACUCCUAGUGUGCACAUCCUUGCUGGUGUCAAGUGGAUGCCUGCAAAUCUAUCGGAUUGUCAUUGUGCGAGCUGCUGUCAGGAGCGGGGUGUGACCGAGAGCAAAAACGGGGAGGUAGACAGCAGAGGCUGGGUACUGGAGUGGAAGUACAGCUGGCUGAUCCCAGUUCCUGGCCCUCGCCUCGUCGCGUCAUUGAUGGGCAACCAACUGGACCGUAUCACCCACCUCAACUACAGCGAGUUGCCCACCGGGGACCCGUCGGGGAUUGAAAAGGACGAGCUGCGGGUCGGGGUCGCCUACUUCUUCUCUGAUGAGGAGGAGGACCUGGACGAACGCGGGCAGCCGGACAAGUUUGGUGUGAAGGCUCCCCCGGGCUGCAACCCGUGCCCAGAGAGCCCUAGCCGCCCCCACCACCACCACCACCAUCACCACCACCACCACCACCUGCUGCACCAGCUCGUCCUCAACGAGACUCAGUUCUCCGCCUUUCGGGGCCAGGAAUGCAUCUUUUCCAAAGUGACCGGCGGCCCUCAGGGCGCCGACCUGAGCGUGUACGCGGUGACCGCGCUGCCCGCCCUCUGCGAGCCCGGCGACCUGCUAGAGCUGCUGUGGCUGCAGGCGGAACCCGAGCCGCCCGCGCCCGCCCCGCACUGGGCGGUCUACGUGGGCGGAGGGCACAUCAUCCACCUGCACCAGGGCCAGAUCCGCCAGGACAGCCUGUACGAGGCGGGCGCGGCCAACGUGGGCCGGGUGGUGAAUAGCUGGUACCGCUACCGCCCGCUGGUGGCCGAGCUGGUGGUGCAGAACGCCUGCGGCCACCUGGGCCUCAAGAGCGAGGAGAUCUGCUGGACCAACUCGGAGAGCUUCGCCGCCUGGUGCCGCUUUGGCAAGCGGGAGUUCAAAGCCGGAGGGGAGGUGCCGGCGGGUACGCAGCCCUCGCAGCAGCAGUACUAUCUCAAGGUGCACCUCGGGGAGAACAAGGUGCACACGGCCCGCUUCCACAGCCUGGAGGACCUCAUUCGCGAGAGGCGCCGCAUCGACGCCAGCGGCCGUCUGCGGGUGCUCCAGGAGCUCGCGGACUUCGUGGACGACAAGGAGUAGCGGCGGCGCCGGGGACCGUCAGCCCGCCCCUCCCUACCCGGGUCUCCCCGCAUCCGCCCGCCCCCCGCCCCAG